AUGACAUCUCCCAACAAUCUAUUUGGAAAUGAACUACAAUACCCUAUUAAUCUGUCAGGUAUAUCACCAAUAACCUCAGAUGUUGUCGAGUCAACUUUCCUUGAUCCCUUUCUCUUUCAAAACAUACAACAAGAGGAAUUAAAUGAUUCUUUAAGAGAUUCUAAUUCAAAUUUAAAUUUCUAUCAAUAUCAAAUAGAUCCAAAUUUUUAUUUAUCGAAUAAUAUUCUCCAAGAAUAUUUGGAUAAAACAGUAGAGGAUCCUGCUUGGAAAGAUAUAGAUAAUUUCAAAUUGAUAGAGUAUGUCUAUCAGAAAAUGAAUAUUUCCUCAACAGUCAAGUGGGAAGAGGUUGCAACAGUUCUAGAUAAACCAUCAAAUGAUUGUAUGUUGAGAUACCAAAAGUUGAUGUGUAUCUUUGAAACAUUUCUCAAUCAAAUGGAUGUUCAUCUCUCUGAGAACAAAGAUGACCUCUCAUUUGAAUACGAUUCAUCGGGUCACAAAGGAAAGAAAAGAAUCAGAAGAACUGCAUCUGAAAUUGACCGACCCUACAAGUGUGAUAUGUGUCCUAAGGCUUAUGGAACCGAUGGUGCUUUGAAAAUGCAUGCAAAGAUAAAGCAUCCUGCAGAGAAUAGUAAUAUUAUUUGUAGUAGCGGUAGUAGUAGUAGUAGUAUCAGCAGCAAUAUCAAUAGUAAUAGUAGCAAUAGCAGUGGUAGUUUUACAAAUUAA